GCGGCCGCCGCCGGCGGCGGCGGCGGCGCCGAGCCGGGACGCGGCGCCGGGCUCCGCACCCCGCGGAGCGGCCCAGCCCGGCCCAGCCCCGGAGCCAUGCCGCUGCCGUGCCGGGGCUGGACGCUGGCGCUGCUCACGCUGCUGGUCGGGUUCCUCAUCUUCGCCGAUAUCUCGGAGAUCGAGGAGGAGAGCGGGAGUUCUGGAGGCAGAGGUACAAUCAGAUCAGCUGUGAACAGCUUACAUAGCAAAUCUAAUAGAGCUGAAGUAGUAAUAAAUGACUCCUCGUCUCCAGCUGUUGUUGACAGAAGUAAUGAAAGCAUUAAGCACAACAUUAAACCAGCCUCAUCCAAAUGGAGACACAACCAGACACUCUCUUUGAAGAUCAGGAAACAGAUCUUGAAGUUCCUGGAUGCAGAGAAGGACAUUUCAGUGCUGAAGGGGACACUGAAGCCGGGAGACAUCAUCCACUACGUCUUUGACAGGGACAGCACCAUGAACGUCUCUCAGAACCUGUAUGAGCUGCUGCCCCGCACCUCUCCCCUCAAGGGCAAGCAGUUCCCCACCUGUGCCAUCGUGGGCAACUCAGGGGUCCUGCUCAGCAGCGGCUGUGGCCCCGAGAUCGACGCACACAGCUUUGUCAUAAGGUGCAAUCUGGCCCCUGUCCAGGAGUACUCGCAGGACGUGGGCAUGAAGACAGACCUGGUGACCAUGAACCCCUCAGUCAUCCAGCGGGCCUUCGAGGACCUGGUGAACGAGACUUGGAGGGAGAAGCUGCUGCAGCGCCUGCACAGCCUCAACGGCAGCAUCCUCUGGAUCCCGGCCUUCAUGGCCAAGGGGGGCAAGGAGAGAGUGGAGUGGGUGAACGAGCUCAUCCUGAAGCACCACAUCAACGUCAGGACUGCCUACCCCUCGCUGCGCCUGCUGCACGCUGUCCGAGGGUACUGGCUGACCAACAAGGUGCACAUCAAGCGACCCACCACCGGCCUCCUCAUGUACACCUUGGCCACUCGCUUCUGCAACCAGAUCUAUCUCUAUGGCUUCUGGCCCUUUCCCCUGGACCAGAACCAGAACCCGGUCAAAUACCACUACUACGACAGCCUGAAGUAUGGCUACACCUCGCAGGCCAGCCCGCACACCAUGCCCUUGGAGUUCAAAGCCUUAAAGACGCUGCACCAGCAAGGAGCCUUGAAGCUGACUGUGGGGGAGUGUGAUGGGGCCACGUAGGGUGGUCCCUGGCCAUGUUCCUGCACAGCCACGGGAGGAAGGGGAGGGGGCGGAAAGGACAAGUGGUGCCUAGUGGGGUUGGUUGUCUUUGUUAACGCGCAGGACAGUGACACAAAUACAUAUACGUGGUACCUAUAUAUAUUGACCUGAGUAUUAUAACUGUUUGGUGUUCACCAAGGGAGGGGUAGGAGAGGUGCGGGAGCAUCUGGUGUGACUGGCCUGGGCAAGACCCCUUGCUGUGGGCUUGCUGGGCUCCAAGGGCAUUUGCCCUGUGUCCAAAAGAUGUGAAGGUGGCCUUGGUUUUUGAGGGUAUGUUAGGUGAUGGGUAAACGUAAGCCGUUUGUCGUGACUGGUCCGAGGUGGGUAGUUAGUUUGUUUGGCCAAGAGCGCCGGCGCUGGCACCGCAGCGAGGUGUGUUCUUGGCCCCGUGCUCGUGGCGGGGAGGGGAAGGGGCAGGGAACGGGGUGGGCAGGGAAGGUUUGUUGGUGGCUCUCACGGCCGAGAGACUGUCCACGGCUCCGAGCGGGACCAGUCUGCCCAGCAGGGAUCAGUGCCCGGCAGCUGUGCACAGAUCCGUGCAAAUAUGGACUACCAGGCUGAGCACAGCCCUUGGAGAGGGGAGGGAGAAGCCUCCAGGGCUGCAGCUGUAUCUCCAGGAGGUGGCAGGGAGCAGUGCUAAGCUGAUCCCAGUGACAUUCACAUGGAGAAGUGUGAGGGCCUCCCGAGAAGGGGAACGAACAUCAGUGUUGAACCAGGCGGACAGUGAGGAGGAUGCUGAAUGUGUAUUUCUCUUCCUUUUCUAAUAGGCAAGAAAGGAGCAGAGAUGCUGGAACGUGGCAGGAAGGAGGUUUGCUGCUGCAAACUGGCACUGUUAGUAUUAAGUGUCUCACUGUGCCACAAAGACACUCAACAUCUGUCAGGGCUCAUGAAAACCAUAAGUACAUCCAGCUCUUAAUUCCCAGCUGGUAUCUGCUAAGCAGCCUGCCUUCUCUGCCCCUCCAGAAAUAAUUGCCAAAAUAUGGGUGAUAGGCCUGGACCCAGCCAAGCAGAAAGACCACAGGACUUCAAGGGACUUUGCUGAGUCUAAAUAAUUUAUUUUCAGUUUCUCCACAAAGAACCAGCACACAGCACGGAAUUCCUGAAGUUCCACUCUGUCCGUCCUUUCAAGCCCUAAUUAUCUCUUGCUCUCAACAGUUAAAUAGGUUGUUGGAUGGAUUUUGAUGGGAUGCUUGCCUGGUGAUGAACAUCGUACAAAUAAUCUUUUUCCUUUUUUUUUCAGAGAGAACCCAAACAUAAAGGAUUUUUAUAACCACAUUUGCUUUUCUCUGAUUUUUGGGGGUUUUGAGGGAAGCAACUAGAUGGAUUUGAUGAGCCUGUGUAAUUUUCUGCUUCUGUAGCCUAUUCUAUUUGUCUCCUAAUUAGCAGUCAGUGCCAGAAUGGAGGUGAGUCCGGGGUUCAGCAAGGGCUGUUUGGGUUUAAUUUGUGGGAGAGUAAAUAACAGUGCACAGGCAAACCCUGAGCAUGCUCUGCAACGCUGCCAUGGCUGGGUAUCAUCACCUUCGGGCCUUCUCCUACUGCUGUGUUUUUUAAGUUAAAAAGUGUGCAGUUUGAGACUGAAAUACUUGACAUUGUCUCUUUAAAAACUCGAGUGCUGCAAGUGGUAAAAGGAAGAGCUUGCUUUCAUGUUUUGGGCCAUAGAAGCUACUGUACCCAUAGGAGCCUCCAGCCUGCUAAUUAGUGUCAGAUGAAGAUGCUUAAGAUUAAGGUAUAAGCAACAUUAUAGUGUAUAAAUGUGGGCUAAUCUGCCACCAAGGGGAUGUUUCUUUCCAGCACCAGAAAAUUAUUUCUUUUAUGUGUUUUUUUAAAACCUGGCACAUUUUUUUUUUUUUUUUUGGUAUUAUUUUUACUUGAGUUUAGUUGCACAAUAAAGCUAAACCUGGCUGUGAAUCUCAGCUUAAGCUGAGGCAGAAGGAGACAGAGUGUAAAACUGCAAGAUGGAAGUAAUCUGCAAUCCCAAGGAGGUUCCAGUGAUUCAGGAGUGGUUGUUAAAGCUGGAUAAUUCCCUGGUUUGUCCCCGGCACAGAGCAGGGAUGGAGCUGCAGAGACUGCAAAAGCCAACUGUUGUAUUGAGGAGCCUGGGCUAUGGUACUGAUUGCUGUUAGCAAACCUUCUUUUUAAAUAAAAAUAGAGGAAAUGAAA